AUGAAUCCUGAUAUCGAAGCGAACAUACGGAAAAACUUGCCAUGGCUAAAGCUUCCCCCAAACGUGCGCCAGGUUUUGGGUAAUUCUCAAAAGGAAUAUGAAAAGGCUGUUGGUCAGUUUAGUGUAAAAAAUCAGCUGAGAUAUAAAGGCAACUUAGUGAAGACGGUGCGUAAGGAUGAGAAGCGUUACUACGAAGAGAUGAUGCGUUAUAGUCAGGAGCAUCUCAUGCUUUAUCCCUACCACUUGUCUGAUGUGGUGGUGAAAGGCCUACGUGUCACACCAUUCACCUACUACGUCAACAUGAUGUCCACCAUCAUGACACAGGAGAAGAGCUACGAUUCACUUCCCAAUUUCACCGCUGCUGAUUGUCUACGUCUGCUUGGGAUUGGUCGUAAUCAAUAUAUUGAUUUGAUGAACCAGUGUAGAUCCUCUAAGAAAUUUUUCAGAAGGAAAAAUCCAAAGGAAUUAUUACCAGCACAACCAGUUGAUACCGCUGUAAUGGAACACUGGUGGCGUGUCAGUGUAGGAUAUGUCACUGAGGAUGAUGUCAGGAUGUGUACGACUGUAGAGAGGCAACUCAUAGACAGUAUUAUAGACGCAGGUGUGGUUAUAGCUGGAGAUCAUGAUUACAAACUUGUUCACGGAUUAUAUAAAAAAGGGCUUAUCUACCUGGAUGUUCCAAUUGCUGACGCUGACUGUAUAAUUGUUCCUCCACUUGAAGGUUUUGUGAUGAACCGUGUGUUAGGCGAUUACUUUGAAACUUUACUCUAUAAGAUAUUUGUGUCGAUUGAUGAGCACACCACCGUGGCAGAGCUCGCCAAUGUCCUUCAAAUAGACCUACAACUAGUCAAGAAUGCUGUUUCCAUGUAUUGUCGUCUUGGUUUUGCUAAGAAGAAAGGGGUAGAGUUUUAUGACUGUGAGAAUCUUCAUCCCUCAUGGAAAGAAGUGCAACCAGUAAACAAGAAGUUAACCCCUGACCAGACAAUCUUAGACUGGGACAAUGCUCUGGCUGAGGCAAACAAAGAGCCCUCUCACCAGGAAGAGGAGCAGGACAAACCAAACUCUAAUGUCAAUGCCCUGAAGGAUGUCAUGGAGAGUGAAAGUCCUACUGUUGGAAGUUGUAAAAGAAUCGCUUUCCUCUUUGAUUCCACAUUGACAGCAUUCCUCAUGAUGGGGAACCUAUCGCCUGGCCUGAAAAGCCAUGCAGUGACCAUGUUUGAGGUGGGAAAGCUUAGUGACGAAUCCCUGGACAGUUUCCUUACAGAGCUGGAGAAAGUUGGUUCUGAGGCAGAAGGAGAAGCUAGGAGGUACUUUGUGCAUGCCCUGACAUUGAGGGACACACUGAAGUUUCUCAGAUACAACAAGGACCUGACAUUCGAGAGCGACACAAAAACGGGACUUGCUGUUGAUCUGAUUCGCUGUGAAAGUCUGUUGGGACUGGACGCUGCAACUAGGGCCAGAGUUCUAAACAGAAACUAUGAGUUGUUGGUAUCCAUGGCACCAUUAAGCUAUGAAAUCAAACCUGUGAGCAGUUGUACACCCCAACAUAUAGGCCCAGCUGUACCUGAGGUGAAUUCUGUGUGGUUUAAGUUGUUCCUGUAUAGCUUAACCAAAUGUGGUCCCCCCUCCCUUCUUCUGGUCAAAGGCACAAAACUACGCAAGCUACCUACCAUAUUCCAUGAGUAUGACAAACUCUUGGUGACGACCUGGGGACACGACCCUGCUGUCAUCGCCACAUCCAACAUCUUGUUAACACUCAAUGAUGCUCUUAGUCAUUCUGCAGUUUUUGUCCAGGCCCAUGGUUGGCAGUCAGAGGGUAAAACAGUCAACAUAUCAUUUCCUAUUGACAAGGCAAAACUAGGACAAUCAUUUUCCAAGCAGAAUUAUGAAAGUCAUACAGGCAUUAAAAAUCUAUGUGAACAUUUAGACCUAGAACACACUUGUGGUUAUAUCACUCUGCUGAACACGGGACUGCUUUCCCGCACGGUGUUCCAGGAGGAUCCUGAUGAGGAAGACUACUUUGAGGAAGCUAGCAAUGGCAUUAUCUUUAACACCCAUCCGUCGGACACAGAAUCGGAUGGACCACUGAACGGUGUCACAGAUAAAAGCUCGGCAGACAUGCUGGCUUCGGAGAUUGAUUUGUUAGACUCAGAAAUGUUCGGUGCUACUGGUGCGGGAGAAAACCUAUCUGUCAAAACACUUAAGGAAAACAUGACAUUAGAACUUGACCUUGACCGUGACCGUGUUGGUCAGAGUUCAAGGUCAUUAGAAGACACAAAAGAAGAGGAUUGGGUUAUUUUGGAAUGCUAUUUUGGUAUUCCCUUGUUCAGUUCCAGUCUUAAUAAGGAUGUGUGUUCAAAAGUCAUUGCUGAAGGAUUAUUUUCAAAGAAUAGCCUCCAGGAACUGCUACAUUCCAGUAGGAAGGUGUCCCUUAGAUUACUAAACUUUGUCUCCCAGUACCAGGACAGUUCACGUGUUGGGGAUUUGAAUCAAGAUACAGCCCCAGACAAGGAAGAAACCACACCUCUACCAACUGUUAACCUCCUGUUUCAUAACAAAACACUGGAACCAUGGAUAGGUUGAUCACUGACCAGUAGUUUAUAAUUUCAUCAUCUGGAACUGCUUGUUGGAAACCCAAUUUCACUGAAGUUGAAUAUAUGGCAGUUAUUCUGUCUUUAAAUCAAAUUUAUAUUGAUUGAUUGUGAUCAAUAAGUCCUUGUAUUGGUCAACCAGACCAGAGCUUACAAAUGUCUCCAAAAAAUUUGACCAAAGCUUACAAAUAGGCUCUCCAAGAAAUUCGACCAAUGCUUGCAAAUGUGUCUCAAAGAAAUAUGGACAAAGCUUACAAAUAGUCUCUCCAAGAGAUUUGACCAAAGCUUACAAAUAGGCUC